AUGAGCGCGCGUCGCGCGUUGUCGCGCUCGCUCCAUCAGCUGGUGGGCUCUCUGUCGUCGACCAUCCGCGCUGCCCCGCUGCGACCCUCUCCAUCGACGCCGCCGCUGCCGCUGUCACGCUUGCUACCACGCCAGCCACCACCAUCACAGCUGCAAUCCCCCCACUCGCUCUUCGCUCCCCCGCACCACCUCACUCGCAUUCCCAAGGGUUGCAACCUCGCUGCUCCCAACAUUGCCACGUGGCAAGCGGCGCCCGGCGGUUUGGCAGCAGGCAUAAGGCAGCACGUUCGAACGCUCACCCUCACAUGCCUUCGCGGCCGUGCCGUGCCGAAUCCCAGACUGCCUUUGGGUCCACUUCUGCCACGUGGCAGCGGCUCAUUGGCUGCCCCUGCCCUGUGGAAGGGGCUUUCUCUUGGCGUGCAGUGCGCAGCAGCGGCCUCUGCUGCCCUGCUGCCCUCCAAGGCCGCUGCUUGCACUGACGUUCCCCAGUCUCCACCCCCUCUCAGCAGCAGCAGCAGCAACGACGACGACGAUGACGUCUCGCUGCUGGCCGUGCUGCGGGUGCUGGUGGCGCAGGUGUGGCCGCUGCUGGUGCUGCUGGCGUCCCUCUUCGCGCUGCACGACGAGCCCUCCAUGGCGGCCGCCAACCUCGCUCUGCUCUGCUGGGGGCUGCGGCCUGAUGAGCCCAGCCUGCACGCCUGGCUGGAGCAGAAGCGAAGCGAGGAGCUCAAGGAUAAGAACGGCCUCGACUGGGCCACAUCGCAUGUGAUGGGAGCUGUGGUGAAGGUGGAGUAUACCGACUGCUGGUUCUUCUCCCUUGCUAAAGUGUCAUCCAUUACAAGCAGCUACACUGUACUCGGCAUCCUCAACAAUUGGUUCACUCUUUCCACCACCAAGCAAUCUUUGCAAUUCCCAAGCCUUAGAGACCGAGACUCUGAGCUGUGA